AUGACAUCAGAUGUACCAUCACUGGGACCAGCCGUUGCCUCUGGAAACGCUGUGCCUGGGAUUCAAGGUGGAGGAGCCAUUGUCCAGAGGGCUAUUAAGCGGCGACCAGGGCUAGAUUUUGAUGAUGAUGGAGAAGGGAACAGUAAAUUCUUGAGGUGUGAUGAUGAUCAGAUGUCUAAUGAUAAGGAGCGGUUUGCCAGGUCGGAUGACGAGCAGAGCUCUGCGGAUAAAGAGAGACUCGCCAGGGAAAAUCAUAGUGAAAUUGAAAGGCGGCGACGAAAUAAGAUGACAGCCUACAUCACAGAACUAUCAGACAUGGUACCCACCUGUAGUGCCCUGGCUCGAAAACCUGACAAGCUAACCAUCUUACGCAUGGCAGUUUCUCAUAUGAAGUCUUUGCGGGGAACUGGCAACACAUCCACUGAUGGCACCUAUAAACCAUCUUUCCUCACUGAUCAGGAACUAAAACAUUUGAUCUUGGAGGCAGCAGAUGGCUUUCUGUUUAUUGUCUCAUGUGAGACAGGCCGAGUGGUAUAUGUCUCUGACUCCGUGACCCCUGUUUUGAACCAGCCGCAGUCUGAAUGGUUUGGCAGCACACUCUAUGAUCAGGUGCACCCAGAUGAUGUGGACAAACUUCGUGAGCAGCUUUCCACUUCUGAAAAUGCCCUGACAGGGCGCAUCCUGGAUCUAAAGACUGGAACAGUGAAAAAGGAAGGUCAACAGUCUUCCAUGAGGAUGUGUAUGGGUUCAAGGAGAUCAUUUAUUUGCCGUAUGAGGUGUGGCAGUAACUCUGUGGACCCUGUCUCCAUGAAUAGACUGAGCUUUGUGAGGAACAGAUGCAGGAAUGGACUUGGCUCUGUGAAGGAUGGAGAACCUCACUUUGUGGUGGUCCACUGCACAGGCUACAUCAAGGCCUGGCCCCCAGCAGGUGUCUCCCUCCCAGAUGAUGACCCAGAAGCGGGCCAGGGAAGCAAAUUUUGCCUAGUGGCCAUUGGCAGACUGCAGGUAACCAGUUCUCCCAAUUGUACAGACAUGAGUAACGUUUGUCAACCAACAGAGUUUAUCUCCCGACACAACAUUGAAGGAAUCUUCACUUUUGUGGAUCACCGCUGUGUGGCUACUGUUGGCUACCAGCCACAGGAACUCUUAGGAAAGAAUAUUGUGGAAUUCUGUCAUCCUGAAGACCAACAGCUUCUAAGAGACAGCUUCCAACAGGUGGUGAAGUUAAAAGGCCAGGUGCUGUCUGUCAUGUUCCGGUUCCGAUCUAAGAACCGAGAAUGGCUCUGGAUGAGAACCAGCUCCUUUACUUUCCAGAACCCUUACUCAGAUGAAAUUGAGUACAUCAUAUGUACCAACACCAGUGUGAAGAACUCUAGCCAGGAACCACGGCCCACACUUACCACCACGAUCCAGAGGCCACAGCUAGGUCCCACAGCUAAUUUACCCCUGGAGAUGGGCUCAGGGCAGCUGACACCCAGGCAGCAACAACAGCAAACAGAAUUGGAAGUUGUCCCAGGAAGAGAUGGAUUGGCGAGCUACAAUCAUCCCCAGGUCUCUGUUCAGCCUGUGACAGCCACAGGGCCAGAACACAGCAAGCCCCUUGAGAAGUCAGAUGGUCUGUUUGCCCAGGAUAGAGAUCCAAGAUUUUCAGAAAUCUACUCCAGCAUCAAUGCGGAUCAGAAUAAAGGCAUCUCCUCCAGCACUGUCCCUGCCACCCAACAGCUAUUCUCCCAGGGCACCACAUUCCCUCCUACCCCCCGGCCGGCAGAGAAUUUCAGGAAUAGUGGUCUGGCCCCUAUCUCUCAGCCUUCAGCUUCUGCAGGGCAAAUGUUGGCCCAGAUUUCCCGUCACUCCAAUCCCACCCAGGGAGCAGCCCCAUCUUGGACCCCUAGCACCCGCCCAGGCUUCUCUGCCCAGCAGGUGACUUCCCAGGCUACCGCCAAGACUCGUUCUCCCCAUUUUGCUGUGGGAAACUUUCAAACUCCAUCCUCCUUCAGCCCCAUGUCACUCCCUGGUGCUCCUACUACAUCACCUGGUGCUGCUACCUACCCUAGUCUCACGAACCAUGGAUCCAGCUUUGCUCCUGAGACUGGACAGACUGCGGGACAAUUCCAGACACGGACAGCAGAGGGUGUGGGUGUCUGGCCACAGUGGCAGGGCCAGCAGCCUCAUCAUCGUUCAAGUUCUAGUGAGCAGCAUGUUCAACAACCGUCAGCACAGCAGCCCGGCCAGCCCGAGGUCUUCCAGGAGAUGCUGUCCAUGCUGGGAGACCAGAGCAACAGCUUCAAUAAUGAAGAAUUUCCUGAUUUAACUAUGUUUCCCUCCUUUUCAGAAUAG